AUUUAGCUUAGAUAUUUUACUAAACAUGGUCAUAGUUCAAUAAAUUCAAAAUUGAUUUUGUAAUUUUGGAAUUCAUGAGGUUUGAAUGUUGCUACAAAGGCUCCAAGAUGAGUAAAUUUAUGGCAACUUAAUCAUCUUCCACUACGAUCCUUCGAAACCACCCUGAACCUCGUCUGUAUCCUACCCGUAGUUCCUCGCGGCCAUCUCCUCCGUCCACUAGCGCUUCUCGAUCUUGCUUUCUCUGCCAGGAAGGAUGGUGUUAGUACUUGCAUUGGGCGAUUUACACAUACCACAUAGGGCGCCGGAUUUGCCUGCAAAGUUCAAAUCCAUGCUUGUUCCAGGAAAGAUCCAGCACAUCAUUUGCCCUGGGAACUUAUGUACCAAAUUUUUUCACUUGGAGUUUUGUUCAUAUCAAUGCUAUAUGGAGGUCUAUGACUACUUGAGAACGGUUUGUCCGGACUUGCACAUCACUCGAGGUGAGUAUGAUGAGGAUCCUCGUUAUCCUGAGAUGAAAACAUUAACAAUUGGCCAGUUUAAGCUUGGUGUCUGCCAUGGUCAUCAGGUUAUCCCAUGGGGAGAUUUGGAGUCGUUGGCUAUGGUCCAGAGGCAGCUGGAUGUGGACAUUCUUGUAACAGGCCACACCCAUCAGUUUACGGCCUACAAACACGAGGCUGGGGUUGUGAUAAACCCGGGGUCAGCCACUGGGGCCUUUAGCAGCAUCACAUAUGACGUGAACCCGAGCUUUGUCCUCAUGGACAUUGACGGCCUUCGAGUCGUGGUCUACGUUUACGAGCUCAUAGAUGGCGAGAGUGGACUGGAACGGCUAGCCAGAUAUGCCGAGGAGAUAAAAUUUGGGCCCAAAUCUGAACCCCCAAGAAGCUUCAAGCUUGGAGAGAGACCGGAAAUCGAGAUAGUCAUCCUGACUUACCUCACCGGAGGAAUUGAAAUCAGAGCUGGGGAACCACAGCAGGUUCAACCCCCAGCUGGAUCACUGAUUCAUAUCUCACAGGCUUCCUUGGGUGAAGUUAACAAUGUUAAAGGGGCCAAGAAUGUCCCCCUUCAGCUCAAAGUUGAUGAUAAGGACUUUGUUAUUGGCUCUCUUUCUGCUGAAGACAGGCCUCAGGUGAUGUUUGACUUGGUUGUUGAGAAGGACUUUGAACUCUCUCAUGACUGGAAAAAUGGGAGUGUGUACUUCAUGGGCUACAUUGCUGAAAACCUGGAUUCAGACCUUUAUGAUAUCCCUUCUGAUGAUUCCGAGGAUGUAUCUGAUUAUGAGCAUGUGGAAAAUCAGGCUGCCGAUUCAGAAGACGAUGAGGAUGAUGGCAGUGAAGAUGACUCUGAUGAUGUUGAUGAAAUGGCACUUAAUGAUGAUUCUAGUGAUGAGAAGUCUGGUAAAGAUUUUGAUGAAGAAUAUGAUGAUUUCAGUGCCUACCCCAAAGCAAUCAAAGAAAAGGCCUGCUCAACAAGCUUUUGUUGCAGCCACGAAGAAGACUAAAUCCUCUACCCCUGAUAAGACGGGUUCCAAUUCACAAACUUUCACUAUCAAAUUUCAUCAUUCUGGUAAGUUUGUUGAUAUUGUUGGAAUCAAACAAUAUAUGGGUGCUAAUAUUGGUGUCGGUCAUGUUGAUUUUUGUUAUCCGGAUGAGUUGUCGAUGCUUGAGUUAGUAAGCAUGUGUGAUGAGUUGGGUUUACAUGGAGUGAAAGCAUUUCAUUGCAGCCUGGAUGAGAUUAAUUAUUGCAGGAAUAAUGUAAUUGUGCAAAGUGAUCUUGAUGCAAUGAAUUUAGUUAAUUUCAUUGAUGAAAAUAGGACAAUUGGAGGUUUUCUUGAACAUAAUGAUGAAACUUUUCCUGAAAUUACUGAAAGGUUGGAUUUUGUGGGGGAUUUUGAUGUUCUAAUUGAAUAUGAAAGGGGAUAAAGUAGGUGAAGGGAAAGACAGUGAUGUUGAAGCUGCGCAAUAUGUGAGUAUUGAUUCUGAGUAUGAGGAUGAGUUUGUAGAUAGUGACAAUUAUGUCACUGAUGAAGAUGAUUUACUAUUUGAAAAAAAAUAUUAACAAUGAUGUGGAAUGGGGCGGACUAGACAUGAGGAAUAAGAAAAAAAUUGGGGAAACUUCUACCACUGAGCAAAUGGGCAGAGAUAAGAAAUGAAAGUCUAGAAAAGAAAAAGCAAUUCUAGAUGGGAUGGACUGCAAGCUGGAGUUAGGAAUGGAUUUCCCAGAUACAAAUUUUUUUAAGGAUGCUGUUAGAAAAAAAUCUAUCAAGCUUGGUAGAGAUGUUCAGUUUACAAUUAAUCAUAAAUACAAGGUCCAAGCUAAGUGCAAGCAUGGCAAAUGUCCUUGGGUUAUUUAUGCAUCCAAGCUGCAAAAUGAGAACACCAUUCAGGUGAAGACUUAUGUGGCUACACAUAAAUGCCCUCGCCAAUAGAAGGUUUCACAUGCCACUCCCAAGUUUCUUGCUAAGAUGUAUAAUGAGAAGUUGAGGAAUGAUCCAAGAUGGCCGAUCUAGUCCAUGUUGUUGUGGAUGCAAGGAGAUAUAAAAUUAUGCUUCAACAAAUGACAGAUGUACAGAACCAAGAAAAUUGUUAGUGAGUCGUUAGUGAGUCGGGUGAUGUGACUGAUAUUGAGCAGUAUGGCAUGUUAUGGUCAUAUGCUGAAGAGAUUAGGAGAUCCAAUCCUGGAACAACAGUGAAGAUAAAAUCCAAAGUGAAGACAGAUGGGGUAUAUUUUCAGAGGUUCUACAUUUGUUGGGAUGCUUUAAAGCAGGGUUUCAUACAAGGUUGUAGACCACUAAUUUGUAUGGAUGGACGUCAUUUAAAGUCAGGUGGGAUUUUGCUUUCAACAGUAGGUAUAGAUGCAAAUAAUUGCAUUAAUCCUUUUGCAUAUGCUGUUGUGGAAAAAGAGACCAAGAAAACAUGGCACUGGUUUGUGCAGUAACUAAUUGAGGAUCUCAACAUUCAAAACCCAUUCUACUUCACCAUAAUGUCAGACAAACAAAAGGUUUGGUUGAUGCUGUGGAUCAACUAUUGACAGGUUGUGAGCAUAGGUUUUGUAUCCAACAUUUGUAUGCAAACUUUAAGCUACAACAUAAAGGUUUGGCACUGAAGAACCUUCUAUCGCAAGCAGCUAGAGCUACUAAGGUUUCUGAUUUCAAUAUUGCGAUGACUGAAUUACAGAAAAAGGAUCUGAAGGCCUUUGAGUGGUUAGUUAACAAGCCUCCACAACAAUGGUCCAAGUCACAUUUCUCUUGCACUUCCAAAAGUGAUCUAUUAUUGAACAACUUUUGUGAGUGUUUUAAUUCUUUAAUCCUCAGAGCAAGAAGCAGGCCUAUUCUUACAAUGCUGGAGGAAAUCAGAAUGGUGUUAAUAAGGAGAAUUCAUGUGAGAAGAGAUGAGAUGUUGCAGCAUGUUGGGGACAUUUGCCCAAAAAUGGAGGAACUUUUGGAGGUGCAUAAAAAAAGGCCAUGUUUUAUAUUGCACAUUGGAAUGGAUGUGAUGAGUUUGAAGUUGAGGGUUCAAAUGGAAAGAGAUUUGGAGUUCAUUUAGGAGAAAAAAGUUGUACUUGUAGAAAAUGGGACCUCACUGGAAUACCAUGUCCACAUGCAAUCUCUACCUUCUAUUACAUGAACCAUGAACUUGAAGCGUAUGUCGACCAUUGGUACAAGAAGGAAAAUUAUUUGCAAACCUACAGUCAUGUGAUGGGUACCUUAAAUGAUGUUGAUAUGUGGCCCAUGGUGGAUGUUGAUCCUCUUAUACCCCCAGUUGUUUACAAUAUGCCUGGGAGACCUAAAAAUUUUUCUAGGAAAAAAACCCCAUCUGAACAGGCUGAAAUUGGUGGAGGUAAAGGGAAAAGAAAAUCUGUUGAUUCUAAAAUGUCAAGGAAAGGGAUGAUUAUGACUUGUAAAACAUGCAAGAAGCCUAAUCAUAAUUCAAGGGGAUGCCCAAUGAAGAAAGACUCCACCCAUUCAUCUCCAAAACUGGAUGUUCUUGCUCCAAAUCAACAGAAAAUGCCACUCGAAAAAAGAGCAGGAGGGAAAAACAACUUGAACCUAGAACCAACAAUAAAUUGCAGGUCAACAGGUGUGUGGAGGUUUCAAGUCAACAGUCCUCAACAACUGACUUAUUUGAACAAGAUGUGCAUAGGCCAAAGAAGAUUAUUCAGAAGAUGGUCAAUUCAAACAUGAAGCUUUUUGGAGAAGCUGUCAAAUUCUCAACAACGCCAGGACAAGGAUCACAUCUUAGGACAGUUUCCACAGAGGAGGAUGCACCACUAUUAGGAUCAUAUUGAUUGCUACAUGGUGCUUUAUGUUUUGCUUUGUGGUUCUUUGUUCUUUCAUUAAACUUGUAGUGUUUUGGUAGGUUUUGGACAGUGUGCUCUGAAGUUCUGUGAAUUUUGGUAUGCGACUCUUAAAACUAGUAGUGAUGGAGUUUUGGCAAGUAUGUAGUAUUUUUUGUAUGGCAGGAUAUGCCACUCUUAAAACUAGUAGUGAUGGAGUUUUGGCAAGCAUGUAGUAUUUUUGAUAUGGCAGGAUAUG